CCCUCGUAUCCAUCCGCUCUGAAGUAUAUAAAUAUCAAUGCUUCCAAAGGAAAAAGGAUCUUUUUCCCUUAUCCAUCAUACUUCCAUUACCUAUCGGGUUUGUUUUAUCUGAACUUGAGGUUCGACAAUACGAGUACAGUGUAUUUCAAAUAUGGAAUCUAUCGCUCAGAAUAAGAGAUUUGGCGACGAUAAAGAGAACAAUUUGUUCAUGUUCUCGCUACCAAGCCCAGACCGACCUGGCAAGGACCUCGUCAGCAAACUUAUCUUACGCGACGUGAGAGUAAUGAAGCUGCUUAUCAAGAGCCUCGUCGAUGCACCAUAUUGCGAAAACCUGUACCGACUUGGUGAAAGCGAAUGGAGUGAUUCAUUAAAGUCUGAUGUUGUAUAUGCGCCACUUGACCAUUAUCGAACCUCUUUGCCACCUGUUCUAAUUGAAAUACAAAAUGGUAUCAAUGAAUCGUUCUUGGCACGACUGAUAAAAUACGCGGUGAACAUAUACGAAAUUUAUGGUCAAUUUCCGGUAAUCCUGAUCAUUGGAAUCGGAAGGCCAUUGCCUCGCAGCAUAGCGGAGGAUGCCAAAGUGGACGUAGACAGACCAUAUCUGUGGCCAUUUAAACUUGGCUUUUGGAAGACACAAUGUUUUAUCAUGACCAAGGAAUCUCUGUCAAGACACCUAAACCAGACGCCCUUGCCGCCACUUGCGGCAGUCGGACAUUUUCUGACUUCACAAAAAUGGUGCGCGUGAGAUCAGUUCGAAAUAAUAAUAAAAAAGCCCACCUAACUUUUCUACAAAGUUCCCUUUUAGCUAUGGGCGAGCAUAAACAUGACGAAACGAUUAUGCUUCUUUAUGCGGUGACGAAGGAAAAGUUCGAAAAUGAAGUAAAGACCGAAUCAGAAAACUCGAUGUGCUUUCGACAGUAUGCAAGCAAUCGCACAACCAGUUUGCUAAAUUGCGUCAAAUAUUACAAAAGGAUACAAUAUUCCAGGAUGAUUUGGAGCGUGCUCGCAGAUACAUAGAAGACGGGUAUGAAUAUACUGGACGCCACUAUAAAAAAUAUCGCUUCAAGGAACCGAGUCCAGAAUGCCGGUCGCCCAUGGAGGAAGCUCCGGAU